CUAGUACUAAGUACUAAUGCUUUGACCUCUUGCGACCUCGGUUGUCAUCUGGAGAAGGUUUAAUCUCGGUAUUGUCAUGCGUGGUAAUGCUGGUCCACAUGGCCAACCCGUCCAGGGUAGGCGGUCAGGGAUAGAGAUACCGCCUGGCGGCAGAAUCAACGAUGAACAUGACGGGUUCCGAUUGUCUCCCCAUCGUUCAUUUGCGACAAGAAUAGACCAAGAAGAUCAUCAGGGACUGUGCCAGCCGUUGGUUCAACUGGGGAAUAUAUACAUUGAUCCUCCAGAAUCGAUUGGAAUAUAUAUAACAGCGUCAAAUCCGGCACGAUUGGGUGGUACGUAUCUCACCAAUCUGACGUCCUUUGUGAGUUUUCCCUUUAUUCCCUUUCGUUAUACAUACAUCCAUGUACUCAGGGCACAUUUACCCGUGAAUUUAGUCUAUUACUGUCCCCCUUUUUUUAUUCUUUUUUUUUAUUUUUCGUUUCGCCUCGUUCCCUUCACUUUUCUCCGAUUAUAUUAAGGUUGUAUCCACCCCCCCUGGUUCGGUCAGGGAUCCCUGUCAGCGCAGCGCACAGGACGAACAGUAAUAUCCUGUCGGGGUUGCAGGAGAAAAAACGCACCAACACUGCGUUCACCGCGCUCCCGCUCUUGACUGGUGUAUCCGCUUGAGAUCUUAGUCCAGAAUGUUCCCAUUGGUUCUGUCCUUCAUGUCGGAUGGGAAGUUUCAAGUGGCGUCAAAAGAUGUGAUAGGGAUUGAUGGCCUGUGCCUUCCCGAACUGCAUCACCACCACUUCUCUGUACUGGCCCACGUAGUCAGUCGGUCAUAACUACCGCA